AUGAGAGGUGGCGGCGGCAAGUUGGCUUUGUAUCUGGCACUAGUGCUAGUGAGCUACAUUGCGCAUACGCAGUGUAUGGCAGAGUAUAUUGAAUUCUAUAACGACUUUGCGCACAAUCACGAUGAGGCACGGAUCAAGUACACUCACCAGUAUUUCAUUUCGGAUUCGGCCAGUCGUGUACACAUUCUACAUCGUGAACAGCGUCAUGGCGAUCAUGUCUCGGGAGUAUAUAGCCAUGUCGAGCCAAAUGGCCAGGUGCGCAGCGUGCACUACGAGGUGAGAGGACUGCAAGGAUAUCGGGCCAUAAUUGUGCAACGCACCCCACACAGUCGCGUACAUCAGGUACUGGAAUUUGAACGAAAACAACCGAUUCGAGCCCUACCCUUCGCUCAACCGGUGGCUUUUGUUAUUUAG